AUGUGGGCCUCCUGCAACGUCAAGAUACGGAAUUGCCCGUCUGCCGCUGCCGCCGUCCUGAGACGGUACCUGCGAUUGAGGGCGACCAUGGCGAAAAGCAAGUUCGAGUACGUGCGGGAUUUCGAGGCCGACGACACCUGCUUAGCCCACUGCUGGGUUGUAGUACGGCUGGACGGCAGGAAUUUCCAUCGAUUUGCUGAGAAGCACAACUUUGCAAAACCAAACGACAGCCGAGCUCUCCACCUGAUGACUAAAUGCGCCCAGACGGUGAUGGAAGAACUGGAGGACAUCGUGAUUGCAUAUGGACAGAGUGAUGAGUACAGCUUUGUGUUUAAGCGGAAAAGCAAUUGGUUUAAAAGAAGAGCCAGUAAGUUCAUGACCCACGUGGCCUCCCAGUUCGCUUCCAGCUAUGUGUUUUAUUGGCGAGAUUACUUUGAGGACCAGCCCCUUCUGUAUCCCCCAGGCUUUGAUGGACGAGUUGUGGUGUAUCCUAGCAACCAGACCUUAAAGGACUACCUCAGCUGGCGACAAGCAGAUUGUCACAUCAAUAAUCUUUAUAAUACAGUUUUCUGGGCACUUAUACAACAAUCUGGACUAACACCAGUGCAAGCUCAAGAGAGAUUACAGGGAACUCUUGCAGCAGACAAAAAUGAGAUUUUGUUUUCUGAAUUCAACAUCAACUACAAUAAUGAGCCCCCGAUGUACAGGAAAGGGACCGUGUUGCUCUGGCAGAAGGUGGAUGAAGUCACGACAAAAGAAGUUAAGCUGCCAGUAGAGAUGGAAGGAAAAAAGAUGGCAGUGACUCGGACCCGGACUAAGCCAGUGCCCUUACACUGCGAUAUCAUUGGGGAUGCUUUCUGGAAGGAACAUCCAGAGAUCCUAGAUGAGGACAGCUGACCCCUUGCUCUUCAAUCCGAGUGUGAUUAACCGUGCCGCCUCCUGCCCCCAAGUCUCCCUGCUUUAGGUGGCCUAGCCGCCCUCCCACCCAGAAAGCUGUGCCAAGAGUGACACGACUCAAGUUGGGAGGGGAGCAGGGAAGGAAGAGAUGGAUGGGGGCGGUGUAUCUUGUUCUGCUUAAACAGAACACCUUUUUUUUUUACAGUGUUGGAACAUGAUUCCUUCAGUAGAAGUACAUUUUUUCCAAAUUCGUGAUACUAUUUUUAUAAAGCAAGAACUAUUUCAUGCUUUGCAGAAUGAAUCACUUUUAAAUUGUGACAUAAGUCAUAAAAACCUGUCAGCUCUUUUUACCUCUGACUGAAGAGGAGGCCAAACUUUACUCUCACCCACCUGUUCUAAA